ACUGACGCCCCUUAUGUCGAAGAUGCAUCCGUUUGGAAGUUACUUAAAAUUAAGAAGGGCCAUAAGUCUCAUUUGCACAAAAACUUACAAAAUCUUCAUAAAUCCGUAAGGGCACUUGAGGCGAAGGACCCCGUUCAAGAUGCCAAAGAUAAAAGGCGUAAAUCCUAUUCAGCUAAUAGAAGCUAUAUGCAACUUUGGAAGGGCCCAGUUCAUAGAAAUAGAUUAGCAGAACAUUUAAUUUUUCCUCUGAAUGAUACAUCUAUUACUGUUGUCAACUCAUCUGAAGCAAAGGAACUUAAGGACAAGUCAUUUUCAAGAGCUGCCAAGGCAUCAACAGGUGUAGUAGGACAAAUAUACUCAAAAUUAUACAAGGGAGAUGACAGUAUUUCAGACGAACUCCACAAACGCGAGGAGGAGCACUUAAAAAUCGGGCUUGAAAUAACCAAGCGUUUAGAGGACCAGGCAAGGCAAAAAAUGCGGGAGAUAUACAUUGCGAGGAGGUCUAGAAGGCAAAACAGAAUUAAAAGCAAGUCUUAUCACCGCCACCUAAAGAAGCGAAUCGUUAAAGAAUUUAAGAAGGAAACAGAAUUACUUCGCCAAAACAAUCCUAAUGCCUUUAAAAGGCGACUCCUUGAAGCAGAAAGGGCUAGGGCACUAGAAAGAGCAACUCUACGCCAUAAAACAGGUAGCAAAUUCUCAAAGAUGCAACAUAUUCGAGCCAAAUACAGUAUCGAGGCUCGUGAGGCAGUAGCUCAAAUGCAUGAUAUAUCUCGUGACCUUAAAAAAAAACCAAAUCGAGAUGAGGAAAGUGAUGAUUCAUCUAUAGAACUUUCUUCCGAUUCAGAGUCGGAUGAUCCAGAGGAUACUCAAUCAGAACCCUCCAAUGAUGAAGGAACCCAUGAAAGGGAUUUGGCUUCAUUUAGUUGGUGGAACUCUUCCCUAACGAAGAAGACUUCGAAUAAUAAUCCUCCAGAAAAAGAAGCUUCUAUGCCGUUAGUUCUGGGUACUCUUGUUCCCGAGGCUAUUCUAAAUCAAUCAUCUUUAGAUACUUCUGAUAAG